AUGGCGCCAAUUCGACGCUACCUGCGAAUCAGUAAGCAUUCUGUUCUGGAGUGUCGUAUAUUUCUCGAAAACCCUGCGGACGAACCGAGAUGGCUUCUCAGCGAAAAGGACCCGGCGCUCCCACGUGUGUUUGAGGCGAUCAAGCCAUACGUUCUUCCCAAGCUACGAGAGGAAAAUGAGAGGGCCAAGGGGAAGGGCAAGAAAAAGAAGAGUGUGAAAGAUGUUGUCAAACAAGACGAUUUCGAGGUUUCCAUAUUUCUCACCGAGAUCAGAACACGGCACUCUCUCUUGGUGAAGAACAAGACGUUUCAGCAAAAGACACCGAUAAGGACUAAUAAUGGCGGCAAACUUACAGGCGCUGGCCGAGAUGCCGUCAUGAUUCAGGAUGAAAGCGAUGAUGAAGGUGUGGAUCUUGCGCAGAUACCACCAGCGGAAGACUCGCAUUCGGACGCGCAACGCCAUGGCAGCGACGACCCCUUCGACACAGACACAGUUGAUGAUGACAAAAAGAAGCUAGGGUUCAGGACGACCUAUGAAGGCUUCAGCAUCUGGGGAUGGGUGCUCUGCCUCUUUAUCGAGCGCAAGGGUGGCCCAGCAAAGAGAAAGCCCGGAGUCACAGGCAAUGCGCAAGCCUUGAUGCAAGACUGGAUUGCAUCCACACAGGAACAGAGAGAUGACGAUCUCUGA